AACGUGGAUUACUGAGACUCGCGCGAGCUAAGAAGAUUGAAAGACUAUGGCGUCGGCAGUGGAAUCGUCUUUGCGUUCGCCCGUGGUGCGGCAUUUGGCCACAGUUUUUGUUAACCGUAUUCCCUGGACUGCAGCCGCUAAUGAGAUCAAGCAGCACUUUAGUCAGUUUGGUACUAUACGAAAAUGUUUCCUUCCAUUUGAAAAAGAAACAGGAUUUCACAAAGGGUUUUGUUGGAUUGGAUUUUCUUCAGAAGAAGAACUUCAAAGGACAUUACAGCAAGAAAAUCAUUUCAUUGAUGGAGUCAAAGUCUAUGUUCAUCGUCAAACAAGAAGACGCAUUCAAGAUAUGAAGAAGAAUUAUCUGGAUUAGUAUAAAUGUGCUGAUGAAAUAAAUAAACAUUAAGCUUGGGAA